AUGUGUAUCCGCCGCAAUCCGCCGCCUCAGCAGCAGCAGCAGCAGCAGCAGCAGCAGCACUCUCUCAGCGCUCUGGCACCGCGCAGCCAGCGCACGACAAACGCACAGAAUCGCCCGCGGCCCCCCGGCUCGCCCACAGCAGCAGCUCCCUCAUGUACCGUCGAUCCCAGCGCCGAAAGAGGCUCCGGCGCCAGGGAUCGCCGUUCGCAGGCCCGGAUGAGGACUGACCGCAUGAGGGCCUUUGGCCAGAAAGAUGCUUUCACGCUGCGGAUGCCGACUGCUCAUCCCGUCUUCGGCGUCCUACAACGAUAA